AUGUUCAAUCAACUGAGUCUCCUCACGGUCUCCGGCCUCGCCGCCGUCGCCUCCGCCGAAGGCUUCGCCAAGGUCACUAACCAGUGCGACUUCGAGGUCACUCUGUGGUCCGUUGGCAAAGACGUGUCAAACGGGCACACCUUAAGGCAAGGCGACGCCUACCAGGAGCCCUUCGCCGUCGACCCGAAGACUGGGGGCCGUACGCUCAAGGUCACCCGCGAUCGUGACGGGCUCUACACCGGCAGGCCCCAGACAAACUUCGCGUACAGCCUGCAGCAGACCAACAUCUGGUACGACCUCAGCGACGUCUUCGGUGACUCCUUUGCCGGCAAGAAGCUGCGCCUCGCCAGCGACGACGCCGACUGCCCGGCGAUCGAGUGGGACAACGGUACGAGUCCGGGCGGGAGCCAGACGCACAUCUGCCACUCGGACGUUUCCGUUGUCCUGAUUCUCUGUGCUUAA